GUGCCUAUUGCCUAUUUCAAGUCUUUUCCACAUGUUUGCUGAUAGCGAGCAUGUCUUCGCGGCAAUGGCUUCUAGUCCUCCAUAGCAGUGGAGAGGACAGGCGCCAAUAAGGAAGAUGGUGAGAGACCACAAAGAGGCAGCAAAAGGUCUGAAUUCUCGUGAACCUUUGAUGGUGCUUCCCGGUGUGCGCUCCACACAGCCACCACAGCCUCCUGACACCUCGCAGAGUCGCCCCCGUGACCAGUCCAAAGUGACCAAGCCCGUCAGAUUCUUGGAGCCCUUGGCAAUCGGCGGUCGGUGUGCUGACACAGCAGAUGAAGCGACAUCAUGCUUCAUAUCUGAAUCAGAGACGCAUGAUGAAAUGCUAAGCAUCAGCACGUCUACCGCAAUGAGCUGUCCUGCGUUGAAGAUUAGAAAUGAAUGGGGUGCACCUGCGUCUUCGCUCCUUCAGGGCGAUCUAGCCAGGAAUCAAACAUUGAAGAAAAAGCUUGCAGAUUUGCGGCUCAGCGACUUCUUUGAUGCGCAUGGAGGGCCAAAUUUCAAACGACUGAGUAUCAGCUUCGCAGCCAAGCAAAACCAUGAUGUUGCAAGCACUUUUGGAUCGACAGGUGACCUCCAUGCCCUUGAGUCCGAAGACCCUUCAGACUUCCUGACAGAGGGUGAGGGUGAAGAUGAGGAUGGGAACGGCAUGCUUGGAAGUUCAAAGGCAUUCUUGGCAGCUUCAGAGGCACUAGCCAAAGACUUGCGGAUGACGCGCGAAAAAGCGGAUGCCCUGUUGCGGAAGGUGAGAAAUGAAGAGCGAUUGCGCACAGCAGACGUUGACCAGCGUAGGCUCAACCUGCUGUUUGCGGAGAUACCUUCAUUCGAGAGCCUUGUCCCCAAGGAGAUAGACAUUAAAGACUUGAUGCCAGCUGACCUUCUUGAAGAAGAGGAAGUUGCUGAAAAACAAUCCAUGGAGCGACAAAAUGCCUUCCUUACCGACAAGAAGUUUAUUGAGGGACAACAAAUGUUUUGGCUGUUUCCGCAAGCUGAAGUGUUGGUGAUCUCCAAGUGUUUGCAACGCUGGUGUGUUUCCACACGCGGAUCAAACUUGACCAUUGGCACAUCGGGCAUGGACCGGCCAACUUUUUGUCGCUUCCUUUUUGAUAUGGACUUGAUUGGUGAAGGGGUCCCUUACUUUUGGGCAGUCAGUCUAUUCGACAGUGUGGCCCAACCAAUGCGACUGUGCACCCACGCCAACCAUUCGGCCACAGCCCCGCUCCAGCCGAUUGUCAACCGCUUCCGGCUCAUUUCGGUGGUGGAUGUCAUCCUUCGCCAACGUUUUGACACAAGCAGCAGGGAGGAGUUCUUGAAGCAACUGAAGGAAUUUGCCAAAAAAUUGAAAAUCUACGGUGACGAAGUGAAGCGAGACCUGGAUCGUAGCGAAGCACGUGAAGAGUGGAGGAGCCAACCUGAAAAGGACUUAGCUAGAAGGGAGCGACUCAUAUCUGCAAUGCUCAUCGAACCGGAAGUCCUUCAUGUGGUUUCAGCCUUCCACCAUGUAUUCCGGACCUUGUUUGACUGCUACGCACCGAGUGGCCAUAUGCAGUAUACUGACCUUUGGCAGUUUUGUGUGGACUUCCAGCUGACUCCGCAAUUCAUCACCGAACAGCAGCUUCGAAAGGCAUAUGAAGUUGUCGAGUGCUUUGACAUUUUGCCGGCAAGACUCGUCAGAGAGCCACCUCGAGCCAGAAAACAAACUGUGAGAGACCCCAAGAGGCAUAGAAGCAAAACCCAUUCCGCAAAUUCUGCACAUUCUGCGUCGGCACCUAGUUCAAUGCACAGUGUUUCUCCUGCACCCUCUAAUUUGUCAGACGUACGGGAGGAAAGUGAACGAGCUGAGCGAACCAGAGAUUCAGUACUUUCAGGAGCAGCUUCAACCACAUCAGCUGCGGAAGAGUCUGAGCUGCUUGAAUGUGAGACGGUGUUCGGUCCGAAUGCUUUUGCUGAGGCACUUUGCAGGAUAUGCUUCCUAUAUUUGGGAUUCUAUGGUAGCACAUUGCAGCAGAGUAGCUCCUCAUAUUUCAAGGUCUCGUGGCUAAUCAGCUUUCUUCGGCGAAUUUCGACCCUCAUGUGUGAGAGCCAAGGGUCGCUGACGGGAGGGGCCGCCUCUUUGCAAAGCAUGCGAUGGCUUGGCUCCUCAGGCUUGGAUGGCUUGGCCUUAUUCUGGGAGCCAAGAGUUGAUGAUUUGGAGACGGCCACAGCUGCCGUGCUUCAACCAUUGCCAGGCCCAGGGAAUCGAAAGGCCACUAGACGACGAUCCAAACAGCAGACCAUGGCUCCCAGGUUGAAGCCAAGCAGGCGGAUGAAAGAAGCAACGCAGUCGGUCAACAAGCAGAAGACAUUGAGUAGCAUUAGAGAAGCCGCAAAGAACCUGGGAAAGGCUGCCAUGGUAGUAAAAGCAAUGUCAGAAACCCAAAAGUUGAGUGGAGUGAUCCCACGAAAGUUCGAUGACUCGUCCAGUGAGGAAGAAGUUCAUGCUCCAUCAAGGCCUGUAGCCACCAAGGAUAGGAUUGAAGCUCUCACAACACAGGUGGCGGCAUCGUUCCAAAAGCCACUAAAGCCCCAAAAAACGGUGAAAGCACCAGGGCCGCUGAUGCCAGUGGAGGAGCUCUUCAAGGUGGAAGGGGGAUGUCGAGCAAUUGCGGAGAAAGAAGGAGGCCUCGAAGGAGUCAAAGGAGUCUGUCAGCUUUGUGACAGAACAGGAGGCUUGAAUCAAGGCAUUGCCAGCUGGGGUAAUCCACGUUGCCGCGGUUGUUCCAUUGUUGAUGCGAUCAAUCUAAAGGCGCAUCCGUUUGCACGGCUGCUACAGCCUGAGUGCCACACCAAUGCAAAAAUACUGAGGCCCAAAGCCAAAGCACAGCUUGGGGCACGUUUGCGAGCUGUGUUCACGCUGCCCGCAUCAACAACCCACGCUGAGUCGCACGCACUUCUUGACUAGACUGGACUAGACCAACCAGGAUAGUCAAGAGGUCAAAGAGUCAAAACUCAAGACAUUGAGUGUGGAUGCCUCCGACACCUCUGACGUUCAGUCAUUGAGCCUCAACUGGGUCAUUGGCAGAUACUAGUUGCUAGAAUAAUGUGAAGUUGAGCGCUUUACGGUAAUACGUGCACAGUAGAUUCAGUAGAUAUUUUUGUUUCACCGAGAAUCACUCCCAAAGGGAUUUCGGCUUAGAGAUUAAA